ACAUCACCGGCUUUAAAUAUUCCAGCUGCUUUUUUUUCUCUCAGCGAGUUUGUGCUCCACACAAUGACCAUGUAGAGUGAGCAGAGGAAACUGCUCAGCUCCAGACUUCGCCACCCAGUUCCCCAGGACGUGGCUAAAGAAAGCAUCUCACUGGAGAGAGAGAUUCAUAUUACUACAGGCAGGCAGACCAAGAACAGUACUGUUUGAACAGGCUCAGAGGAGGAAGACGGAAUCGCUUCUCCGCUGAAGGAAGGUUUGCGGCAGCUGCUGUGAAUUGAGACAGAGAAAACGAGCAAGUCUGUAAACUUGGGAGAAAAGUCCGAAUCAGUGGACUGUUGAAAAUCUAGAAAUUCUUCAUCAUGGCACUCUCGACCCCACAGAAUGGAGUGGACGGACACAAAGAUCCUUUGAUAGAGUUGUUUGUUAAGGCUGGAAGUGAUGGAGAAAGCAUUGGUAAUUGUCCAUUUUCUCAACGACUGUUCAUGAUCUUGUGGCUGAAAGGUGUGGUCUUCAAUGUCACGACAGUUGAUCUGAAGAGGAAACCUGCUGACCUGCAAAAUCUUGCUCCAGGAACACACCCCCCAUUCAUAACCUUCAAUGGAGAAGUGAAAACUGAUGUCAAUAAGAUUGAGGAAUUCCUUGAAGAUGUCCUGGCUCCUCCCAAGUACAUGAAGCUUGGCACAAAGCACCCAGAGUCCAACACAGCUGGGAAUGAUAUAUUUGCAAAGUUCUCAGCCUACAUCAAGAACUCUAAGCCAGAAGCUAACGAGGCUUUGGAAAAAAGCCUGCUGAAAACACUGCAGAAGCUGGAUGAGUAUUUGAACACACCCCUUCCUGAAGAGAUUGACGCUGACAGCAUGGAGGAUGUCAAGGCUUCCAGCCGCAAGUUUCUGGAUGGAAAUGAGAUGACGCUAGCAGACUGCAAUCUGCUGCCGAAGCUCCACAUUGUCAAGGUUGUAGCAAAGAAAUACCGGAAUUUUGACAUUCCCAAAUCCAUGAUGGGAAUCUGGCGAUACCUGCAGAACGCUUACACCAGGGAUGAAUUCACAAAUACCUGUCCUGGAGACAAAGAAAUCGAAAUUGCUUAUGCAGAUGUAGCAAAACGCCUCACCAAGUGAUGAUGGACAAGGCCAGCACCGAGCAUUCACUAACAGAAAAGCUUUUGUUAACAGACUACGCUUUUACUUUUAUUGCAUGGUUUUGCAAGUUGUCAGAUAUUUUAUAUUUUCCAUUGGAUUAUAACUUCAGGUAUCUCAGUUCUUACUUUUUUAUAUAAAUAUAUAUAUAUUUUAGGAAGGGUUUUCAAGGUUCAGUAAACUAAGUAAGCAGCUGUCCAAGUGAGCAGAAGCCCUUGGCAAUUGAUAUCCAUCAGAUGUUGACUACUUGAUAUCAAAAGAAAAGAUGUUAUAGGAACCUGUGCCUUUAAGACCUUGUGCUGUGAAAGGUCAUUCUAUAAUAUGAAAAAUAACAAAACAAAAUUGCUCAGUUUUGAUCGUAUUUACACACAGGUAUACAAAUAUAUUUUAUCUUCAAAUAUUAACAGACUAAAGUUGCCUUCUUGGUCAGUGGUUAACAGAAGGAUCCAAACAUUAAGUGCCACCAUACGAUAAGCAAGUAACCUUGAAAGCCCUAACUGUAGUAUUAUGGAGUAAAUACACAUACAAACACUGAACAUAAUAAGUUACAGUAUUCCGCUGAACAGUUUUAUCAUUGUAUUUAUAAUGCUGCAAUAAUCCUCAAAUCUUUGACUGCUUAAUCAUAAGUAAAAUAUUCCCAUUUUCCUUAUUGUUAAACUUUAUUCCAAACUAUUAUGACACAUUUUAUGGUUUCAUUUGUUUUUUCUUACAAUAUCUUGAUAAAUUAACAAAAAAGUUAGUUUGCCCUGAAUUCAUAUAAUUGAGAAAAGGGUGGCUGAGCAAAGGUUAAACAAAAUCAACACUGAAGUAAAAAUUGUGUCUAGUGGCUGUAGCGGGUGAUGCAAUAGCCAGUUUUAUAGAAUUUUUUAUAAGUUUUUGUUAAGUGGACAUUAUUGUUCUUACACAGGUACACAAACUCAAGACAAUAAAUCUGAAUUAAUAGCUC